AUGACCGUUAUAUUCAAAUUUCAAACACCCCAUAUAUCUUUUCUUCAACCAACUCCCCUCCCAAACAAACCAAGAAAACCACAAAAGAUCAGAUUUUGGGUAUUUUCAUAGGUAAAAACACCAUGAAAUUAACUCCAGUUUCAACUCCAAAGUCUUGCGUGAAAUCGUCUUUCACCGGCAUCCUCAUGGAAUCUGAAACCAAAGACAGCUAUUAUUUCCCGGGAUGUCGAAAAGAUACCAACUGCAACUGUGAAAUUUGCAUAGCCAGUUUCAAUGCGACCCUUGAUCUAAUCCCUAACAGCAUACACAAGGGCUCUAAGCCCCUUCAAUUUCCAAGAAGCCCCAUUUCUUUUGACUCGUCAACUCUUUCCACUCCCAAAUCGAGCAACACUACUUGUGCUUCUUCUUUCUCCUCCAUGUCCCCUACGCUUGAUUCCACAGCAAGAAUGAGCUUUCAUGAGAAGGUGAGGAGGAAGAAGAGAGAAUUCGGUUUUGGAGUUUUGUUGGCGAGGUUGGUUUUUGUGUGGAGUGUUGUUUUCGGGUUGGAAGUUGGGUUAUCUUGGGUGGUUUCUGGGUUCUUGCAGCCAGAAUUGUCACCUGAAAUUUUCAGGAAUUUGAGUGAAAAAUCAUGGGGUUUCAAAGAUUUUAAUGAAAGAUUGGUAUUCUUGAAGAAGGAGCUUGAAGGUCUAAUUGAUGAUGAAGAAGUGUCAAGUUGCAGCCCUCUUAAUUCUACUUGGAAAAUCAACCAGGAUGGUUUGCUUUUGACUUCGCGAUGUACAUUGUACAAGUCCAUUUCAGAAGAGUUGAGCAUUUGGGGAUGGCCUUUGCAAACAGCUGGUUUGCUCACAGCUGGAUUUUCUGUGCGUUCGUAUGCCAUAUUAUCAGGAAGACUCACCGAGUGGUCCAAUGGGGAAAUUGGUUAUUUGAUUAGAAAGUCUAACAGUUCAUGGACCCAAGGAAAGUGGAGUGCUUCUGCUGUGCAAUUGGACCCAAAUACAUGGAUUCUAGAGUACAGUCAAAGCCCUUUAACUGAAAAUGGAAAAUUGGUUUCAGCUGCAUUGGAGUUUUUGAAGUUCAGGCUGACAAGAGAAGUUCAAAAGUUGAAACAACAGUUCUGGGUGUUGUCUGCUUUCACGAGCCAGCACAGUGAUUUCACAGUAGAGAGGUUCCAAAUUCCAACCUAAAGAUGGGGUUUCUGAUGUUCUUAUGAGAAAGCAUUCUCAUCCCUUAUGAGAGCUUCUGUUUUUUUUGCUUUAUAUUUUUGGUGUUCU